AAAAUAUACAUAGCUACCAAAGAAUUUGGAAUCUAAAGUACUUGUAGAUUAUUAUUACUCUCAAAAGGGGGCGGCUAUGGCGGCGGCGGCGGCGGUGGCAUUCGGAAUUCGAACCAUGCUACUUCUAGCGAUUUGCAUGCUUCCACUAUCAUCAGUGGAAGCCAUGGUCCGCCACUACAAGUUCAAUGUGGUUAUGAAGAAUGCUACAAAGUUGUGCUCAACAAAGCCUAUUGUGACUGUAAACGGAAAGUUCCCAGGUCCCACCAUAUAUGCCAGGGAAGAUGACACUGUUCUUGUUAAGGUGGUCAACCAUGUCAAAUACAAUCUUAGCAUCCAUUGGCAUGGGGUGAAACAACUGAGAACAGGUUGGGCUGAUGGGCCAGCAUACAUCACUCAAUGCCCAAUUGAACCGGGCCAAGCCUAUGUUUAUAACUUCACACUCACAGGCCAGAGAGGCACACUAUGGUGGCAUUCACAUAUCCUAUGGCUUAGGGCCACCGUUCAUGGUGCCCUUGUUAUCUUGCCCAAGCUUGGAGUUCCUUACCCAUUUCCCAAACCUAAUAGGGAACAAGUUAUCAUAUUGAGUGAAUGGUGGAAAUCAGAUACAGAGGCUAUCAUAAAUGAAGCUUUGAAAUCAGGAUUAGCACCAAAUGUUUCUGAUGCACAUACAAUCAAUGGCCACGUAGGACCUAUCCAAGGUUGUUCUUCAAAAGCAGGGUUAACAGUGAAAGUGAAAGCAGGAGAGAGCUAUUUGCUAAGAAUCAUAAAUGGUGCGCUUAAUGAAGAGCUCUUCUUCAAAGUAGCAGGGCACAAAUUCACAGUGGUUGAGGUUGAUGCCACAUACAUAAAACCAUUCAACACAAACACUAUUGUCAUAGCACCCGGUCAGACCACAAAUGUUCUUCUAAAAGCCAACCACAAAAUCGGCAAUUUCUUACUUGCAGCCUCUCCUUUUAUGGACGCCCCCAUUCCCGUUGACAACAGAACCGCCACUGCCACGUUACAUUACCAAGGUACCCUUGCCUCAACCGUCACAACACUGACUUCCUUACCUCCGACAAAUGCCACGGCGGUUUCCACCGCUUUUACAGAAUCUCUAAGAAGCUUAAACUCUAAAGAAUAUCCGGCGAGAGUCCCUUUAAAGGUUGACCAUAACCUGCUGUUCACCGUCGGCCUCGGCAACGCACCUUGCGCCACCUGCGUAAACGGAACCAGAUUGGUAGCAGACAUCAACAACGUGACUUUCGUGAUGCCAAAGAUUUCUCUUCUUCAAGCAAAGUUCUUCAACAUCAAAGGAGUUUUCACAGAUGAUUUUUCAGCAAAUCCUCCAGCACUGUUUAACUUCACAGGGUCACAAGUAACGAAUUUGAGAACCACAAAAGGGACCAGAGUUUAUAGGGUUGGUUACAACUCUACGAUUCAGUUAGUGUUGCAAGAUACUGGGAUGAUAACACCUGAGAAUCAUCCAAUUCAUCUCCAUGGAUUCAAUUUCUUUGUGGUUGGAAAGGGGAAAGGGAAUUUCAACCCUAAUAAAGAUACUCAGAAGUUUAAUCUUGUGGAUCCUGUGGAGAGAAACACGGUUGGUGUUCCCUUUGGAGGCUGGGUUGCCAUAAGGUUCAGAGCUGAUAAUCCAGGUGUCUGGUUUAUGCAUUGCCAUUUGGAAAUACAUACAACAUGGGGACUGAAAAUGGCAUUUGUUGUGGAUAAUGGAAAAGGACCAAAUGAAUCUUUGUUACCACCUCCAAGUGAUCUUCCCAAGUGUUGAUGAGAAUACUACAAUAGUUAUGAAGAAAAUUAUAUAGAUAGAGAUGCCAAAAACAAAGGAACCACCAAGGCUAAUAUAACAAGGUUUUAAUGGAGUGUUAAAAGGUGAAGAUAGAUGUGACUAAAUAAGACUAGUUCAAAUGUCUUCACUCUUUUCUUUUUCAUUAUAUAUAUGUUGUAUUGUUUUUUGUAUUCUCAUCUUUCUAGCUCUUUCUGAAUAAUAUUUUUUGCUAUAUAUGCAA